AUCUGGACGCGAUUGUCUCAGCCAUCGUCUACUCCUUUUUCCUGGACCAUUCAGAGCCGCCCAGCGCGCGGGCGGCGGGGCUUUGUCUGCUUCCGCUGGUGCACACGAGCCGGGCGGACUUCCACCUCCGCACCGAUGCAGCGUGGCUGCUGCAGGCCAUGGGGGUGGACACACAGGCGCUCUUGUUUCUUGACGAGGUUGAUCUGCGCAAGCUGCAUGGGGAGGGGCGGCUGCAAGUGGUGCUGUAUGGUCACAACAAGAUGCCUGCUACUAUUGAGGGCAUGGAAAAGGCUGUGGCGGAAAUCAUUCCGCGGGAAACAGGAACGGUCAUCUCACAUCCCAUCUUCCCGCGAACAGCAGAAGAGGGCAGCAGCUGUGCCACCAUGCUAGCUCGCCGCCUCUCAGAGGAGGCCCCUCACCUCCUCCUCAACACCGCUCUUGCACGCCUGCUGCUCGCAGCCAUUCUCACGUGCACCAACAACCUGGAUCCAGGGCAGAGCAGCGAGGUGGAUGCCAGCAUGGCAGCGUUCCUGGCCGUUGGAUCGAGGUGCCUCGGGCGAAACGUUUUCUAUGAGAUUUUGCGAGACAAGAAAUACAACCAGGCAUCGCUCACUACUGAGGAACUCCUUAGGGCGGAUAUAGUGCAGCAUGCCAUGGGACCCGGUGUGCGCGGCAAGAAGGGCGGGGAGGUGCUGAACGUGGCGAUAUCAAAUGUGGGAAGCUCCACAUCGCAGCUGGUCAACAAGGACGCCAAGUUUGAGGAGAUUCUCAAGCAGUUCCUCUCCACUCGCUCGCUGCACCUGCUGGUCAUCCUCUCUACAUACUAUUCUGAAACCAGCAAACGCUUCAAGAGGGAGCUGGUGCUGGCGACCCCUCUCGCCUCGCUCUCCUCGGGCCUCUCCUUCUUCCUCCAGAAGGAAUCGCACGACCUGCGCCUGCGACCCGUCACCAUUCGAGGCAUGCCCAAUUGGCUCAAGGCGUUCACGCUCGGUAACCCUGUUACCACACGCACUGAUGUGGAGCACCUGCUUGUUGAGUAUUUUGAGGACGGAAGGUGA